GCUUUUUUCACCGCCGAGAGCCUCCCGUGGGGAGCAAAGGAGCCUCAGAGGUGCAUCCUCCUUCUGUCCGGAUGGAAACGCAGGUUCCAUAAUCGUUUUUUCCCCACAGAUCCCUCCGCCAAAAAUUGUUUUCCGCCGCCUCCACUUCCGGGUCCGCCAUUUUGUCGCCUCCAUUUCUCCACGAGGGGGGUUAAAGGCCCCCCCAAAUAUGCAUACAUGAAAAGGCCGAAAAGUUGCCGUCACUGACAGGGGGUCCACACUAGAGAAGGAGACGGUACCAAACUGGCGGGUUCGGCGGAAGCGCAAUCGGCGGCGGCGUCCCGGACGAGGAGCUUCCCGAGAACUUCCGUUCCUAUGCAUGAAGAUGUCUUUGGUGGACUUGGGGAAGAGAUUGCUAGAAGCAGCAAGAAAAGGCCAAGAUGAUGAAGUGAGGACAUUGAUGGCAAAUGGUGCCCCAUUCACCACAGACUGGCUUGGAACAUCACCCCUCCACCUUGCAGCCCAGUAUGGUCAUUAUUCCACAGCAGAAGUACUCCUUCGAGCAGGCGUUAGCAGGGAUGCCCGAACCAAAGUGGACAGGACCCCCUUGCACAUGGCUGCAGCCGAUGGACACGCACACAUCGUGGAACUGCUUGUUAGGAAUGGUGCAGAUGUGAAUGCCAAGGAUAUGCUGAAGAUGACAGCUUUACAUUGGGCCACAGAAUACCACCAUCGCGAUGUUGUCGAGCUACUUAUCAAAUAUGGAGCUGAUGUCCAUGCUUUCAGCAAGUUUGAUAAAUCUGCCUUUGACAUAGCCCUGGAGAAGAACAAUGCUGAGAUUCUGGUCAUUCUUCAGGAAGCCAUGCAGAAUCAGGUGAAUGCUAAUCCGGAAAGAGCCAAUCCUGUGACUGUGGCCACCCCAUUUAUCUUCACGUCAGGAGAAGUUGUCAACCUCGCUAGCCUUGUUUCUUCAUCCAACACCAAAACAACCUCAGGUGACCCCCAUGCCUCCUCAGCAGUACACUUCUCACAUUCCACCACCUCAGUGUUGGCCACCCUCGCAGCUCUUGCUGAGGCCUCAGCUCCCCUCUCCAACUCCCACAGAGCCGCAGCUAAUUCAGAGGAAAUCAUAGAAGGAAAUUCUGUUGACUCAUCAAUCCAGCAAGUGGUGGGGAGUGGAGGCCAGAGGGUGAUCACCAUAGUGACCGACGGAGUGCCUCUGGGUAACAUCCAAACUGCAAUCCCUACGGGAGGCAUUGGCCAGCCGUUUAUUGUAACUGUACAAGAUGGACAGCAAGUUCUAACUGUGCCUGCUGGUCAGGUUGCAGAGGAGACUAUCAUUGAAGAAGAGGAGGAGGAGGAGGAGGAAGAAGUAGAGAAGCUGCCAUUGACUAAGAAGCCAAGGGUAGAAGAGAUGACAAACAGUGUGGAGGAAAACAAGGAAGGCACUGAAAGAGAGCUACUGCAGCAGCAGCUCCAGGAGGCCAACCGAAGAGCCCAGGAAUACCGACACCAGCUCCUCCAGAAAGAGCAGGAGGCAGAACAGUACCGCCUCAAGCUGGAGGCCAUGGCCCGACAGCAGCCCAAUGGCGUUGAUUUCACCGUGGUUGAAGAGGUGGCUGAGGUAGAUGCUGUAGUAGUCACAGAGGGCGAGAUGGAAGAGAAAGAGAUGGAAGUGACUGGGGCAGGAGGGACCACAGAGCCUCAUCGUGGAGUUUCCAUAGAAACUGUUUCAUCUUAACGUACAAGGGCCACAAUUUGUACUAUGUCCGUUUUUUCCCUCUUUUU